CGCCCACGCGCUCCGGCAACAGUUGUCAUGACGUCACGAGGGACGGGCGCACGCGGUCUUCAAAACCGGAGCCGGUCUCCGCCGCAUUUCACUCGCGUCGGCCUGGAUUUUACGCACGCAUGAAGAAGCACAGCGUCGGUCGGCGGCUUCAGCGGAGAUUAUACGCAGCUCUGGGACAUUCGUACUCCUGUCCCCUCGUUCACAACCCGAGCAUUACCAAAAGCGCCGCCAUAAUGACGGGCUCCGAGAUCUCCCACGUCCUGAAGGAAGGCGAGCUGGAGAAGAGGAGCGACAACCUCCUCCAGCUCUGGAAGAGGAAGACCUGCAUCCUCACCACGGACAGCCUGAACAUCUACGCGGACAACCAGAAGAAGAACAAGAGCAAAGAGCUCAAGCUGCAGUCCAUUAAGAAGGUGGACUGUGUGGAGCGCACUGGGAAGUUCGUGUACUUC